GUUCCGCCGAAAACAAACUUCUGGCUAGGACUGCAACGGAAAGGCAACCAAUGGAUGUGGCCUGACGGUAAUCCAGUAAGUUACAGAGCAUUUCUUCUGUCAAGAAGCAAAAGAGAAGAUAUUGGUAUAGUUUUUUAA